GAUGCAAUGAAGUAGGUACACUCUGCUUUGAAUGUUGGCUUUAUGGGUUUGGUUUUCAAUAUUUGGUUGCUAUCCCCACGUGUCCUUUUCUACCUUAAACAUAAUCAACAAAAAGUGGGAUCAGAUGAGAUCUAGAGAGAAAGAGGAGAGACCGUAAAAGAGAUGGAGGCCGGCAGCAGCGGUGGUUCUAGGGCGACGUCGCGGCAGCGACAUCGUCACGGUGGUGAAGAUAACAUGGGACACAACCCUGAUUCUGGCGAACCUAGGGUUCUUCCAUCAUCAUCAUGGGCAAACGUCACGGCGGAAUCGAUGGUACGGACCGUCAACACCGCCGUAACCACCGCACCGGCGUUAAAGAGAGAAAACUGUUCACGCACGAAACACGACUCCGCUUUCUCCGAUUGGAAGAUGAUAGAGAGAGAAAGCUUGAAGGAAAGAUGGAGAGAACCUCUGAUAGAGAGAGUAGAACGGCCGGUCACGCUUCCAGCAACAGUGAGAUCUUCGUCGAAUUAUGUCUCCAAUGGGCCUGCAUGUAUGAUCAGAGAUAUGAAGGUGCAUUGUCAACGUCACAAGUUAGCAAAUCGGUUUCUGGCAAUGUUAAAACCACCUAUUGGUGACGCAUGGUGGUCUCCAGCCAGUACACCAACGCAAGGCCUACAACAGGCAGGCCUCAGCAAUUCGGGUCCCAUUUUUUUGUAUUUUAAACUUUGAUUCAAUUGGCUGAAAUAAGUUGAUUGCAAUCGGGCGGCGAUUAUUCUUUGAUCUCCGGGACUGCAGAUAUCUUGGAUUUGAUUUUCACUUUUUGGUCAAAGGAUUCAUAAUUAAAGUGCAGCUAGAUUUCGGGUUUCGGAGUGAAUUAUGUAAGUAUCAAUUUAAUCUUACAUAAAUUUUGUUGAAAUUGAAUAUUAGAAUGUUAAUAAUGAUUCAUACGGAUAGCCAAUUUGGCUGUUAAAGUCUAAUUAAUAUUUAUUAUUGGGAAGUUGUGUGUUGUAACAGUCCAAGAUUUGUAUAGAUCUCUCUAAUUUUCAGGUGCUUGGAUGUAGGAUUGUAGGUUUAACUUAUUGGUUUAAAGUCAUAAAGUGUAGAAAACAUGAUACCACAUGCCAGCACCUGCAUGCCAUUCUCAUUGAGGCUUGAAUGCUUGAUUUCUUACAGCCAGUAAAGGGACAUGCAAGUGUAGAAAACAUGAUUAUUAUUUUAUGGUUUUGGAGUUGUAGAUAUAGCGGAAAGGAUGAAUUGUAAAGUUGGUUAUGCAUCAAUGGUUGUAAGCUAUGUAUCAACUUUUAUUUUUUAUGUUUUACUUUAAUGGGACCCACACCAAUUGUAGAGUUGCCAGUGCCACCCUUAUGAAAUUUGUAUUUAUGGAUUGUUAUAUUGGUGUUGUAUUCAGGGGGUGUUCGAGCAACUUCUGUGCCGAUUAAUCGCAGUCAAGGACGAUCUUCCGAGAGGUAUAAUCAUAUCAUAUGCCUGAACCGUUCUGUUAUUUAGAUUGUAUUUUUGUGUAAUGUUUUAGAUAAUACACAUUUAUAUUAUCGAAUCUAACUAUAACAAACCUGAAAAAUGACUAAAUACACAUUUAUGAUAUAAAUGAUGAUUAUGUGCAAA